AGAAGAUUGAGAAAAUAGAAAUGGAGGGUGGUAAAGGAGGAGUGGUGAAGCACAUUUUGCUAGCAAAGUUCAAAGAUGGGAUCCCACCUGAACAAAUUGAUCAGCUCAUUAAGCAGUAUGCUAAUCUAGUCAAUCUUGUUGAACCCAUGAAGGCAUUUCAAUGGGGUAAGGAUGUGAGCAUAGAAAACCUUCACCAAGGUUUCACUCAUGUUUUUGAGUCGACGUUUGACAGUUUAGAAGGCGUUGCAGAGUAUGUAGCUCAUCCUGUUCAUGUUGAAUUUGCAAAUACAAUGCUUCCUCAGCUGGAGAAAGUCCUUAUCAUUGACUACAAACCACAGUAACUCAGUCCCUAAACUGGAUUCACGAAUUGAUGCACUAUAUCAGUUUUACUUUACUGUACUGAAAUCCAAUAAGAACACAAACUUUUCUAAAGGGUGUGUCUUGCUUGUUUGCAAUUAUUGUAUUCACUUCAUAGACGCUAAUGCGAGUAAAUUAUGGUCAGCUUGGGCUGUUUAAACUCGAGGAAGAAUGUUCUUCGUUCUUCGUUCUUCUCUUCCCAGGGAGAAUGAAUGAUGAACAACAUAUAAGUGCAUCAAUAAACUCAUAUUAGUGUUUCCAUUA